UCUGAGUGUUAGCAGAGGCAGGCCAGGAGGGCAGGGAGGGGUGCGCCGCGGGAAGACCCUGGGGGCAGAGGGGAAGAUGAAACUGGUAGCAAGACCUGAACUGCCCGGCCAUAACGCCUGACCCUAGGCAAGUUCCUGCUCAGCCUGUUUCCUCGCCUAAGAGGGGUGGCCUUGGGCCUUGCCCCUGGCUCCAAGUCGGACGCCCAUCUUUCCCUCACCUUCCUAUCAGCCUCAGCUUGAAGUGCCACCCCAAGUGCUGCGGCCUGCGGGAAGGGGAGACGGGGAUCGGGAGGGCAAGGCCCAGGGCCCGCAUCUCCCCUGCGGGAAACGCCUCAGGCUUGAAAGCAGACGCGGCCUCUUUAAGGCCCGGUGACCCCGCGGCAUUCACGGGCGGGGCGGGGACAGUGCGGGCGACCGCAGCGCCAGCCGAGGGGAAUGCGAGGGCGGUAGUGCGCGGUGGCUGGCCCCACGAUGCUGCCCGCGCUCGCCCCGCCAGCCCGGCCUGGGCCCCCAGGGCAGCUGCCCGCGGCCCCCACCCAGCGCCAGGACUCCUCCGGUUCUUCAGCCUCCUACCACACGGCUCCGGGUUCUCCAGAGCCCCCGGACAUCGGGCCGGACGCGGAGGGCCAGGCGCUCUGGCCUGGGGUGGCCCCUGAGCGGGGGGCGGGCGCGCAGCCUUGCCUGUCCGUCAGCGCCCAGAAUAGCAGCCGGCAGCUCCGGACCGGCUCGGGUUUCCCGCGGGGCCGGGGCUUGGGCCCGCCGCCACCCCGGCCCCAGCUGCGCAUGCUGCCGUCGGGGGAGAUGGAAGUCAUCUUCGGCGCCGGGGCCCUGUUCAGCCGCCCCGACACGGCGGACGGGGAGGUGCGGCGGCUCCCCGCGCGCGCCUUCCGCAGCAUCUCCCCGCGCGGGCCCGAGGCCCCGGACGGUGGUUCCCGCUGGGCCACCUGCUUGGAGCUUCGGCCCCGCGAGCCGGGUCCUGCCGCCCCAGCGCCGUCCGAGUGCGUGGAGGUGGCACUGGAGGGGCACGCUGCGCCCGGAAGGCCCCGGACGGUGCCCAAGCGUCGGAUCGAGCUGCGUCCCCGACCCCGGAGCCCCCCGCGAGGGGCCAGCGCGUCGCGCCCCCGACGACUUCUGCGCACCGGCUCCCUGGACGAGUCACUGGGCCGCCUGCAGGCCGCCGCGGGACUCGUGCAGACGGCGCUGGCCAGAAAGCUGAGCCCCGUGGCCGCGGCGCCCGGCAACGCCACCUUCGCGCCCACAGAGCACCCAGAGCCAGCGGCCCGGGAAAGGGACCGCAGUGCCCGAAUGGUCCCGGAGGAGGCCGGGUCUCGGCCACCGCGCGUGCAGUACAGCUCAGCCCCCGCUAAGGCCCCGAGGCCAUGGCCCAGCCUCCGCGAGCGCGCGAUUCGGCGCGACAAGCCCGCACGCGGGACCGAGCCGCCGGGUCCGGUCAGUUCCAGCGUCUUCCUGCAGUCAGGGGAGAAGACCCGAGAGGCACAAAGCCAGGAACCCAGUACUCGGUGCCCACCAGGGACUCUGGGUCGCAACGCCCUGAGGUCAAAGGGUCCACCUUUAGAAUCCAAGACCCUCUGCGACGUUCCCGGUGAAGCUGCGAGGCCGAGGAGCCCGUCCCCGCUGUUGCAGGCUUCAAAUGGGACAGUGCAGAGUCCUCACUGCCCGUUCCCCCAGAGCCUGUCACCGAGGGAUCGCGUUAUUCGAAGGGUGAGUAGCCCUUCGUUUCCUGAGGCAUCCUCCGCAUGGGAAAAUCAGAAUCCCGCCGUCGAGGAAACUGUAAAGAGAACGAGCCCUUCCCCUCCCACGCUUUCCCAGUGGAAUGAGGAUGUCGCCAGGGCAAGAAACCCGUCCCGCGAAGCUCUUCCCCUGUGGGAGGUGGAGCGCCCGGCAGUCGGGGAGACCACAGAGGGGAGGAGGAGCCUGUCGCCGCCACCCUUGUCCUCGUGGGAGGCUCCGGUUCGUCCUCCUGGGAUGUGCAGCCCGUCGCUCCAAGAGACCUGGGAGCCCAUAGUGCGCGGCCCAUCGCUGGUAUCUACGCAGGAAGCUCAGAAUGGCGUAGCCCAGGACGGGCUGGCACAACCCAAGAGGUCCGCACCCGGGACCCCAGAGUUAACAGAGGCGCAAAGUCCGUCCACGCUCGAGAUGGGGGAUCUCGCUUUGCAAGGCAGGCAGUUGUCCCCAGAGGUGGCUCCACCCGAGCUGCCCCUCAGUCGCCUCGUAGGCACCCUGGAUGCGGAUGCGCGCCCGGAAUCCUUGGGCCCGGGAGAAGCGUGCCCGGUGCGCCCUCGCACAACCAUUCCGCGGCCCCGCGACGUGCGCAAAAUGGUGAAGACCACAUACGCGCCAAGCUUCCCGGCAGCGACCCCAGGCUCAGGGUUGUCCGAGCCUCCUGCGGACACCCGCGGAGAGGAGGGCGGUGCAUCCGAGACGCAAGAACUCCAGGCCCUGGGGUCCCCCGCCCCGGCUCACUACACUUCCAUUUAUCUCAAGGACUUCCUGCCAGUCGUGUCGCACCCCUACGAACCCCCAGAGCCGUCCUCCAACACAGUCCUCCGGGAAGCUUCGCAGCCCAACGGAGUCCCGCGGCGGAGGGCAGAAAACAGCACCGCGAAACCCUUCGCGCGCACCGAGAUCCGACUGCCGGGUGCCCUGGCCUCGGGCCGCCGGCGGGAAGGAACCCGGGGCGUCCGUGUGCGCGGCGCUGGUGGAGAGAACCAGGGUGUGGAGGCCCAGCGCCUUGUCCCCGACGGCGAGGGUCGGACCAGCCCUCUAGGCGGCGCUCGCACCUCACCCCAGCGGUCGUCCAUGGGGUCGGCUGAGGCCCAGACACCCCGACCGCCCCGCCCCAGCUCCCCUCAGGCGCACCCCAGCUCGAGCUCUGGGAUAGGACGCAAAUUGGAGACGCCCCCUUCGGGCCCCGAGCGCGCCUCUGCGGGCCAGCCGGCCCUCCCGCGGGAACCCCGGGCGUCAGCGUCGCCCCAGCCCCGCGCGGCCUCGGCGCCUCCGACGGACCGAUCCCCCGAAGGCCCCUCCCAGGGGGUGCGCAGGCCGCCCGGAGCCGCGCCGCCGGGGAAAGUCCUGGUGGACCCCGAGAGCGGCCGCUACUACUUUGUGGAGGCGCCACGGCUGCCUCGGCUACGGCUGCUCUACGACCCCGAGAGCGGGCAGUACGUAGAGGUGCUCCUGCCGCCCUCGUCCCUGGGGCCGCCCCGCCGCGUCUACACCCCGCUGGCCCUGGGCCCCGGCCUCUACCCGCCAGUCUAUGGCCCUAUCCCUGGCUUCUCCCUGCCACCAUCUCCGGGUCCGCCGGCCUUCAGUGGCCCCCAGCUACCCUGGGCCUCCGAGGCAGGGCCCCUGGACGGGACGUACUACCUGCCAGUGAGCGGGACCCCCAGCCCCGCACCUCCUCUGCUCCUCUGUGCCCCACCCACCAGUUCGGGCCCCACCCAGCCCGGCAAGGGCUCCCUGUUUCCGGCCUGAGCCCCACGUUGUUGAGGCCCGGCUUCCGUUCCUCACCCCUCCUUUCCUUCUGUCACCUCUUGCUUUUACCCAUCCCAUCCAGUCUUCAGCCCGGAAGUUACCUUCAAGGACUUUACCUGAGACCGCCGGGCUGAGGGAGCUGGAACUGGGGGUCAGGGAGUGACUGCCUACUUCUAACCACAACAAAACCGUACACCCCUUUCCCAAGCAUUCCCAGCGUGUAGUGUGUGUGUGUGUAAAAGUGAAGAGUCUCAGGACUUGUCCCCAGGAGCCUACGUGAGUGAGCCCGGUGCUCCCUAGGGGCAGUGGGAAACGGGAGCAGCAGGGGACGGGGCUGCCGCCAGGGGCAGUGGGCUGUCUGUCCCUCGCUGCAGGGGAGCAGUGAGCCGCUAGUGACACGGGUGGCAUAGAGGGAGAAGAGCUCUGGCUGUCAGACCUGUGUCUCUUAGGAAGAGGAUCUGAGCCUUGGCCUGAGGAGCUGCGGGCUGGGUGGCUGGUACAGCUCCCGGGCCAGCCUGGGUCUGAGGAAGGGAGCUGCGGGCACAGCAGGUGAAGGUGGAAUAGGGAGGUAAUAUGGGAGGGACUGUGGAGGGUCAGCCUGGAAUUGGGGUGGGCUUACUGGGCAGGGAGGUGGGGAGGUAUCUGUUGUCUCCAGCUGGGAACCCCACUCCUCAUGCCCCCCGCAACCCCAGCAUCUAACUUGGCAUCUCUAAGCCCUCAGAGCUGAGCUGGUUCAUCCUGGGGCCAGGAGUGGGGCAUUCACAGCCAUUCCCACCCAGGGAAGUGGGAAGGUAAACUGAGUCAGCAGGAAAGACAAGCAGGAGGAUGGUUGGGCUAUUGUCCCAGAGGAGCCUCUGGACCCCUCUGGGCGGGGUGGAGGGCGGGUUAGGGCUGGCAGUAGAAGGGAUGCCCUUGUAUGGGGGAGGCCAGAGACUUAGAGCUGCUAGCUGGUUCCACUCCCUCGGUAACAGAUGUGGCAGCCAUGACCAGGGAGGGGCCAGCUCUGCAGGCUGGCAGUAGCAUAGGAAGGGACAGGGCCCAGAGUGUGUGUUCUGGGAACAUUCAAGGAGGGCAGAGGGAGGUGGCAUGGGUGGGAGGUGCCCUGCUUACGGGUCUGUGUAUAAUUCUGAACUCGAAGUGGCUGGCCUUGUGGGACUGGUAUGUGAUGUGAUAGGUUUGGAGAACGGUUCCUAUUAGAUGCAGGGUUGGGAUGGAGUUCUGUGACUGCCUUAACUCCCAGGUUUCUGGGGAGCCUGGGGCCCAGGGAGUCCCUGUCCCCCUGCCUCGGACUGGCAGCUGACCAGGGGAACUAUGAGUCAGAAUAAUCUAGACAUCUUUUUGUGGCCAAAGAUGGUGGUUUCAAAGGCAUGAAAAGUCCUGGGCCCCUCACCUCAUCCUGUGACUGUGGCUGGGGGCAGGUGUGCUGUGCAUGUGUGCACUGGUGUGCAAUAAAUUGCUGAUCCAGUGAACCGUGAUGGCUGGAACAACCGG